AUGAAUAAGACAAAAUCAUUUUUACAUGGCAAACCUAUUCCAUGGAGAAUUAUAGAUCCUGGAUUAUGCCUUGAAGGUCGAUGUGUAGCACACGAUAGACUAUGUAAAGCACACAAUCAAAUGGUUAUUGGUAAUUUACAAAUGGGUCAAUUUACAAUAUCUUCUAUGCAUACAUUCAAAUGUCCUGAAUGCGGAAGUACUGUGCGUGCUCUUAAAUAUGCGUUCAAUCGUUGUCAAUGGAGAAUAAUGAAUACGAGUCGAUGGUUCAAUAUUGGUGAUAUUUAUGAAACAUCUAAUUUGAGUCAACUACCAUUACAUAUUGAAACUCGUAGUGUGGAUAUAACUUCUAAACCUAAAGUAAUAGAAGAUUGUACAAUAUGUUUAUCGUCGAUGGAAGAAGAAAAUAAAUGUUCACUUUUACCAUGUAAACAUGUAUUUCAUACGGAAUGUAUACAUGGUUGGAUCGAUUCUGAUGAAGAAAGAUCUCUAGAAUGUCCGAAUUGUCGAAAACCAAUUUUUGAAUAA